CUUCAUACUGAAUGAAGUGCCUCUUAUGUGUGCUGAAAGAAACCGAAAUACUGGCAUUCAAAAACUUACUGAAGAAACACAUUGAGAAAUCAGGUGGUGAAGAAGAAGAAGAAGAAGAAGAAGAAGAAGAAGAAGAAGAAGAAGAAGAAGAAGAAGAAGAAGAAGAAGAAGAAGAAGAAGAAGAAGAAGAUUGCUUGUGAAGAAGAAAGAUAUUGAGGUAUUGGACAAUAAAUUUGUACAAUUUAUUAUAUAUCUUUAUCUACAUGUUUUUUAAUGGCUUCCUAUGUCUUUACUCUUAGUCUGAUCCCAGAUCAGUGAUACAAACAGCCAUAGAUCUGUUUAUAAUCAUAAUGUUAAUAGUUGAUGUCCAGUAUAUGAUGACAGGAGAGUAAGAUAACCAUAUGGAUAAAGGUAAAUGUCCACUAGGCACUGUCUUGAUAACCCAACCGAAUCUUAUGGUCAGUGACUCUAGGUUUCUUCCCUAUGUGCAGGUUUAUAUAAGGGAAUACUGUACGAGUGUGCUGACGAAGUAAAUAUAAAGGGUCUCCUAAGAAAACUGAAGAAUCUUACUUUAUAUUUAUGGGGCUCAUAGGCUUUACUUCACGCAGUUCUUUUAGUUCCUGUUUAGUGGUCACUCUCGCUCAUAGAGGAGUGGACGUGGGAUGAGACAGACUCACGUCAGAGUAGGAAUUUCUGCACAAAUAAUGAAGAUAUGUCCAUCUGCCUUUCAGUUUGUCUGUAUUUCUGUAUUUCUCUGUGUCUGUCUGUCUGCCUUUCUGUUUGUCUCUUUGUGUGUCUGUCUACCUUUCUGUAUCGUUGUCUUUCUCUCUCUUUGUCUUUCUCUGUGUCUUCCGGUCUGCCUGACUGUCUUUCUCUCUGUCUGUCUUUCUCUUUCUCUCUCUGUGUGUCUUCCUGUCUGCCUUUCUGUCUGUCUGUCUUUCUCUCUGUCUCUAUUUCUGUUUGUCUCUUUGUCUGUGUGCCUGUCUUUCUGUCUGUUUGUCUGUCUAUCUUUCUGCCUGCCUUUCUGUUUCUCUGUCUGUAUUUGUUUGUCUCUUUGUAUGUGUGUGUCUCUUUCUGUAUGUUUGGCAUUCUGUUUGUCUGUCUGCCUGCCUUUCUGUCUGUCUUUCUACCUAUCUGUGUGUGUGUCUUUCUGUCUGUCUUUCUGUUUGUCUCAGUAUGUGUGUGUGUCUGUCUUUCUGUUUGUCUGUCUGUUGUACUGCCUAUCUGUUUUUCUUUCUCUGUGUCUGUCCUUCUGGUUGUCUGUAUGUGUGUCUUUCUGUCUGUCUGUCUUUCUUUCUCCUGGUCUGUCUUUCUGUUUGUCUCUAUGCGUGUGGAUCUCUUUCUGUUUGUCUGUCUUUUUCCCUGUCUGUCAUUCUGUUUGUCUCUGUAUGUGUGUGUCUGUCGUUCUGUCUUUCUGUAUGUCCGUCUGGUUGUCUGUAUGUGUGUCUUUCUGUCUGUCUUUCUUUCUCCCUGUCUGUCCUUCCGGUUGUCUAUAUGUGUGUGUCUGUCUUUCUGUUUGCUUCUAUAUGUGUGUCUGUCUUUCUGAUUGUCUCUAUAUGUGUGUGUCUCUCUUUCUGCUUAUCUGUCUGCCUGCCUGCCUGUCCUUCGGGUUGUCUAUAUGUGUGUGUGUCUGUCUUUUUGUUUGUUUCUAUGUUUAUGUGUGUCUGUCUCUCUGUUUGUUUGUCUUUCUGUCUGUCUGCCUUUCUGUCUGUCUGCCUUUCUGUCUGCCUGUCUUUCUGUCUGUCUGUCUGUAGAAUAUUGAAUUUCAUACUUCAGCCUUUCUCAUUUCAUUAUCCAAACUUAUCCUGAAAUAUUUGAAGUUUUGUAAAUGCAGACCAUGCCUUCAAAUGAUUUUAUUUUGAGUGAUUCAGAAACCGUAAGCCUGGAGGAUACUCUGGAAA